AUUGUCAACAAAACAUUGUGUUUCACCAUUUUUCUUGGAUAAAAAAUUAGAAGAUUUUAAUAAUUACCAAGUAAAUUAAUUAUUUACAUUCAAGAUGAUGGCAGGAAAAGUAAUGGCAGAAACAGAGGAACAGAGCAGAAUAAGGUUUCAAGUUGAAUUGGAGUUUGUACAGUGUUUAGCUAAUCCGAAUUACAUACAUUUUUUAGCACAAAGAGGGUAUAUGAAAGAGCAAACAUUUGUGAAUUAUUUACGAUACCUACAGUAUUGGCGGGAACCAGAAUAUGCUCGCUAUCUCAAGUACCCCAUGUGUCUGCAUUUUCUAGAACUGUUGCAACAUGAGGCCUUUAGAAGGGAAUGUGUUUCAGCCCAGGUUUGCAAAUUCAUGGAUGAUCAAGCAAUUUUACUCUGGCAACAUUAUACAAGGAGACGGACACGUACACUACAGCCACCGGACGCUCCUGCGCCGCCAGCGCCCCCUGCCGCCCCGCAACCACCACGACAACAAUCAUGAUAAUGUACAUAAUUUUUUUUACAUAAUCUUAGUAACAUAGGCAUAUGGAUUAGUGAUAAGUUCUCAAUAUACUACACAAUUUUUUUUAAUGAUUAUUCUAUAUUUCAUAUAAAUUUAUGUUAGAUUUAAAACUGUUUAGCAUUUAAAUUCUUAUAACUAAAAAUUAUAGCACUUUUGUAAAUAUGAAAA